AGAGAUAAAAAAUUAUGGUUCGUCAGAAUCCGCUCGAUGGCACGAUGAAAUUUAUGCUCACUUUGAGCGGUGCUUGGCCAGGCGCAUCAUCCGCUCUAUUCUGUAGAAUGUUUUUCAUCGUUUCAAUGAUAACCUUUCAGUGUUGUCGCUACCGUUACGUUGCAAUACAUAUGCAUUCUGCCACACUUUGGGACUAUAUGGACUGCUUGUCUCUUCCUUUGGCAGAUUGCAAGGUGUUUUUUAAGUGCCUUGUGCUUUGGUUAAAUCAGUCAAAAUUUAUCGAGGUGCUAACAAUAAUGAAGAAGGAUUGGAGUGACUGUGAUAAUGACGAUAUCAGCAUGCGCAAGACAGCAAGCAAAGCUAAAACGUCGGGACGUAUUACAAAAAUUAUCCUCAUCCUUCAUACAAUGUCAGUUGUUGGAGUCAGUAUCGGUGUCAUCCUGGCCAAUGUCGAUGUCACCAGUAACACGACGGAAUUAAUCUUCCUCACUAUCACUAAGAUUGAAGUUCCUUUCGAUGUAAACACGCAACACACAUAUAGAUUUAUUUUACUAACAGAAGUGUGUAUGUUAUUCAUGUACGCCUGGUCGGCUGGUACAACGAAUUCCUUGUUAUUAACUUUGGUAAGUUGA